GAUCAAAUACCUACUAUCAAUCAACACCUGGUCGAUGGCAUCGCCUUCCUAAACGAGUUUCGGGACUUCUGCAAGGAGAGAGCAAACAUCGAGCGCGACUAUGCUCACAGAAUUGAGACGCUCGUGCGCAAGUACCAGCACAAGAAGGAAAAGAAGCUCAAUCAGAGUGGAAUGCCUGCUUCACCAAUCGAACCGGAUUUCGACCCAAGCAUCAGCGACGGAACGACAGCAUCCAGAGCGUGGACCUCCAUUUUGAACGAUACAGAGGCAAUGUCCAGGGAUAGACAGCUUUUCUCAGAGGCCUUGAUUUCCAAAGUGCAUGAUCCUCUUAAAGUACUGGCCGCCAAAAAGGACGAAGCUCGCAAAAAGCGUGAUAAGGCAAAGUCGAAAUAUGAUGCCAGUUGCGAGGAGGUUGAGAGCUCGAAGCAGAAGCAAGAGCGCGCUUAUGAUGAAAAGAACCAGGAAAAAUUGAAGCGCUCGUAUUACCAGGAUAUCUUGGACAUGAACAACAACAAAAAUUCGUAUGUCCUAGCAUUGCAAGUGCUCAACACUCAUCGCAGAAAGUAUUAUGAACAAGAUGUUCCAGAGCUAUCCGACUCCAACCUGACAGCGGAAGCUCAAGCACACCUGAGUUCGAUGGUCAAUGCAGUGCGCGCAAUCGAUGCCUCUGCCGAUUCUGCCGUUUUUAUCCGUUCCCACAAGGCGCCGUGGAUUGCUCCUGUGGAUCAGGUCUUUGAAUCCUCGCCUACCUUCAAUGACACAGUACGUUCGGAGGAACUCGUUGUUGAUGAUAACGCCCGCGUAUUUUUGAGUAACAAGCUGAUGAAGUUGAGGAGAAAGCAAGCGCAGACUAUUGUAGACAUCAAUACUCGACUCAAGGAUAUGGAGGGACUUCAGAAUCUCAAAGAGGCGUACACUGGGAAUAGCAGCCUUGGAGACCCGGAGGAAGUGAACGAGAAUAUUCUCGAGACAUCGCGGUCCAUCACUCUUCUGCAGACCAUGAGUGCUCUUUAUGAAGCGGAAAUCAACACCAUCGUUCAAGCGGUUGGAGAGACCGGAGUGCAGAAUCAGCCCCAUGACUUUAAAGCAGCCUCUUUCACGAUUCCAACAUCUUGCGAUUACUGCCAAUCGACCAUCUGGGGCAUUGCCAAGCAGGGAUUUACCUGCCGCGACUGCGGAUACAACUGCCAUUCCAAGUGCGAGAUGAAGGUACCGCCCAACUGUAGCAAUGUCAAAGGUGGCGCCAAGGCGCAGCGCAACUCUAUUAUUAUACCAUCGUCGACCAUGAAUACGGUGUCCUCCUUGUCUCCAGAGUACACUCCAUCGGCUACGCCUAUCUCGGAGCUCUCAAAGCAGGCAUCGACCUCUUUCCGCGAGUCUGGAUCCAACGCCUCGCUUGAUCAAGUCCAGGCUCAUGUCAUUUACGACUAUGAUGCAACGAGUCCCGCAGAGCUCUCUGUAAAAACUGGAGAUGUCGUAACGGUCAUCGAAGGAGAUGAUGGGUCUGGAUGGGUAACAUGCCAAUUGAACGGAUCGGCUCCGGGUCUGAUCCCUGCAUCUUACAUCGAGAUCGAGCAAUUCCACGAGGCACAAAGCGAAGCAGCUCCAAUUCAGCAAGUCCGCGCACUGUACGACUACGAUGCGCAAUCUGAUUUGGAGCUAACGAUUCGGGAAGGGGACAUUAUUGUCCUCACUAGCACGGAUUGCUCCGAAGGAUGGUGGGAAGGUAAGGACACAUUGAUUUUGUAG